UGCAUUACAUCAGCUGACAACAACAACAAGCCAAAGCUUUUCAUUAAAAUCUCCAGUUGUUCAGACAUACGUACAUACGUUCAUAGUAUUUCUUGUCGUAAAUAAUUUUCAUCAUUGAAAGUAAAUUAAUAUCAACGUCAGAUUACCAGCGAGUGACAUACGACUAUAUAAUAUAUAUUUAUAUGAACUGACAUUCAUAAAUACAUAUUUAUAAAAGAGACAAGUAACAUUUGUUCGCAUGCAAGAUUAUAAUUGAAUGCAGAUUCUAGACAAGUUUGAACCCAAAAAUUUCGUAUCAGCAUGAAGGGUUGGUUUGACGCUUUUCGUGACGACGGUGGACCCACACUAUAUUCAUUUCCAAAUCGUACACCGGUGACAGGCGAUGUUUCCAUUGUUGCUGUCUCGGUUUUAUUUGCAACAUUUUACGUAGCCUUUUUAGUGAUAUUUCCCGGCGUGAGAAAACAGAAAUUUACCACAUUUUCGACAGUCACUCUCAGCUUGUUCGUGGGCUUAGUCAUACUAAUUACACGAUUGGGCUCUGCUUGGCAUGUGGCACACACAACUAUUAUAGCGCCAUAUAAGGCGUUCUCGCGUGAGAAGAUGCCGUCGCGGAUAGGCACGCAUAUCGGUCUUAUGCACGUCAAUGUGACGCUGACAGCCAUACCCGUUGGCAAUUGGACAGCGCCGGAUGUGGACUACAAUGAACGCUUCGGUUGGGAGGGCGCAAACGAUAUGAGUGCCAAUUAUCGCGAUGCGUUGAGACGUGGCCUUCCAUUUCCAAUACUUACAGUGGCUGAAUAUUUCAGUCAGGGCCGUGAAGGUUUUUGCUGGGGUGGCCAAUAUCGUGCGGCCGGCUAUUUUGCCAGCAUAAUGCUGUGGGCAUCGUUAGCCUCGUGGCUGCUCAUGAAUCUGCUGCUCAUCGCGGUGCCACGUUACGGUGCUUAUAUGAAAGCGUGGACGGGCGCAUUGCUUAUUGGCACCAAUAUUGGCUAUUAUUGUAUGCUGCCAAAGCGUCCGUUGAUCAUCUAUUUAGAAGGUGGUCGCUUGGAGUUCAAGUUGGGUUGGUGUUAUUGGCUACUGCUGGUUGCAGGUAUCCUUUGCUUCAUUUGUGGCGUUUUAAUAUCCAUAAUUGACUUAGUGUGGCCGCAUACUUUCUCCACCGUGCUGGAAGUGUAUUAUGGCACACCCUAUGAUAGACAUGUCAUUCUGGAGGAGUCUAGCGAUGUGCGCUAUCGUAAACGUGGCCCCGCGGCUGGUGGUGUUGGCGGCGCUGGUAGUUUGGAGGAUCCACCUGGAUUGGGUUCGCGCAUUUUACGUCGUCUAUCCUCCAAAGCACGUGAUCAUGGUAAUGUGGCUGCUUAUUAUGGUGGUAAUGCUGGUGGUGGCGCUGGCGCUGGUACGUCGGGUGUAAGCGGCGGCGCUACAUCGAGCGCAAUGGUGCCUGGUGGCCAUGACAAUAAGAGUUUUCAAGCUGAUGUGCCGAAGAGUCCGUGGCGUUAUCCCUUCCGACGCGCACAGCAUUUGCAAGCGGCGCGUCCAAAUGCGCGUCUACAGCGUACCAUUUCACAGGACUCAGGGUCCAGUAUAGCAUCAGCAGCCAUACAGAUUUCGCCAUUACAUAAACACGCGCUGGCGCGUAUGUUACCUAACCCACCAUUAAACCGCAUACGAGAUGUCGAGCACUGGUGACCGUUAUAAUGAGGUGUGUUUAAUACGAGAAUUUACUCUUGGGAAAUUUUAACUAAGUGAAGGCAGAUAUAUGUAUAUAUAUAAGUAAAAGUAAAGCGAUAUUUCGCAUGUAAAAACAAAAACAAAUAUUGUGAUACAAAAACGAAAAAUCAGAAAAUCUUUAGUAUACUACGGACAAGCAUAAUAAGCAAAUAAUUGUAAAUUAAAUAUGUAAUGUAAAAAACUAAAAAAAAAUUCAAUGACCAUGUAUUUUAUUUUAAGGAAAGAGUUAAUAAAUUGCAAUGACAAAAAUUCAUAUUCAAAUGAAAAAGAAAAAAAUUUAGAAAAAAAAAAAUGAAUUCGUUAAACUUCCAAUGUGAUAUAAUCAGAUUGUUAACUAACUUCUUUAAAAUUGGAAUAAACCUGAAUUUUCGGUACCAAAAAAAAAUUCUCUUUACGUUUCAAAGAUAUAUUAAUUGGCGUAAAUUGAAACAAAUUUCAGAAAAGUGUAAAAUAUUAAUUUUUAUAAAAAGUUAACAACAAGCAUUCGCUUACUAGAAACGGACAUUUACUGAAAUCUAAUAUAUUUAAGUUAGUUUUUAUUUAACAAAAUUAUUUAUUGCGUAUUAAAAAAGGAACAGAAAAGAGAGAACUAAACAAAAAAAUUUUAAAAAUAAUUCUGCGUUUUAUUUUAAUUUA